AUGUCAGAAAACAUUUUCUUCAAUUAAAUGGCUAACACAGAUGACACUUUUUAAAAUAAUCACCACACUAAGCCAUUUGACAAUACUAGGUAAACGUUUAUGUUGUAUGAUCUAUGUUUAAACUAUGUUCUAAUGCACAAAAGAUAAUUUAAGUUCUCUAUCACUGUUGCACAAUUUGCCUAGAGUUUCUAUUAAAUGAACUUAUAAGGCCACAUGGAACUAAGAUCAUGUUUACAUUGUACAUAAGCCACUUUUUCUGUAUUGGUGGUUCAAAAUGUCAACUGAAAAAUGUUUACUCAUCUGCUUGUUGUUCUGUUCUGGAUAUCUGUACUAUAAAGAAAAUUUGCUACAGAGUUAUUUGGGGGCAAAUAGCCUACAACUAAUUUGGCUCUAAAAGCAGCAAAAUGAAAUUAUGCAUUUGUGGGUUGAAGCUGUAACUGCUUACAUUGUCAGUCUUUUUGCAUUUCAUUUUCUUUUGGCCUCGCUGGUUACAGCCAUCACCUGGAUGAUACUGUUUUGAUUUUGUUAACAUUUCAUAUAAGCUUAUCUCACAAUAAAUAUGUUAGACUUUAAGGUACCAUCUGACUGUUGUUUUAACUUCUACGGAAGCUAAAACCUACUUAUACUGGUGUCAAGCAAUCAUGUCACCCAAGAUAAUUUCCUGCAAUACAUGAACACACUUGGUAAACACUUCAAAGAUGCUCCAUAGUUUUCAUACUAAAAAUUAGCUUAUCUGAUAGGUUUGUUAAAAGUAUUAGCAGCCCAGGAAAAAAUGCAAUAAAAGACCCACACCCUCUCCACUAUGAGACCUUACACAAAUUUAAGUAACAAUUUAGACUGCUAGUGGAAGUUCACAUGAUAAUUGUUCCUCAAGUUAAAAAUCCCAAUAUAUAGAGGUAAACGUCAGAAAUCAAGUGCCCUCCCCUGUGUGCUGGUUUUCUAACUGUGCAGAAUGUUUUCUGACAGAGGAACAUCCAACCAUAUAUAUUCUGUCCUGUAGGACAGGUACGAUGAUUCUGGUAUUGUAAGGCAAUGCUGUGAUUUGCAGGAAGAGCCAUCUCAUACACCUUCAGCCCUUUAGAGAUGCCGUCAUCCAACUGGUGUAAUCCAAUUUUUUUAAAAAAAGUAUUCUGGCAGGUCUCAUUGUACCUUCAAAGAGCAGUUAAAAUGCUGAUAUAUCCGCUAAUCGUCUCUCUUCACUGCAACUUUAUGAAGAGGUUUUAAAUAAAAACCCAGAAUGUCUCAUCGAACGAUUCAUCUUUUCCGGAAGGGUCUCCGCCUACAUGACAACCCCACUCUACUAGCUGCAUUAAAGUCUUCUGAAAUUGUAUAUCCAGUCUAUAUACUGGACAGAAAAUUUGUUACAUCUUCAAUUGCAAUGGGAAGUUUACGGUGGCAUUUCCUGUUGCAAUCACUAGAAGAUCUUCAGGCAAACUUAAAGAAAUUGAACUCUUGUCUAUGGAUUAUUCAAGGAGCUUAUGAAAUUGUAUUGCGGGAGUAUGUCCAAAAGUGGAAUAUUACCCAAGUGACUUUGGAUGAUGACAUUGAACCAUUUUACAAAGAGAUGGAAAGGACUAUUCAAGCUAUGGGGAAAGAAAUGGGAUUUGAAGUGUUUUCAUUGGUGGGGCACACACUAUAUGAUGUCAGACGGAUUGUGGAACUAAAUAGAGGAGCACCUCCAUUGACAUACAAGAGGUUUCUUCAUAUACUAACUGUUCUUGGAGAUCCCGAGAUGCCUGUGCAGGAUAUUGCAACCGAGAAUUCGCAAAAACUCUGCCCACUCCCUGAAGUGGGCCUGGAUGAAUGUUACAGGGUGCCUCGUCCUGAGGAUCUGGGAAUUUGCGAAGAGAACCAGUCACCUUGGAGAGGUGGUGAAACAGCUGGGUUGCAACGACUUGAAGAGCACUUGAAAAACCAGGGUUGGAUAGCAAAUUUUACCAAGCCAAGAACUAUCCCAAAUUCUUUGCUUCCAAGUACUACUGGCUUGAGUCCCUAUUUCAGUUUCGGUUGUUUAUCAGUUCGGACGUUUUUCCACAGAUUGUCAAAAAUUUAUGCUCAGUCAAAGAAUCAUUCUCUGCCGCCAGUAUCUCUUCAAGGACAGCUGCUAUGGAGAGAAUUCUUUUAUACAGUAGCAUCAGCAACACCCAAUUUUACAAAAAUGGUUGGGAAUCCCAUCUGCCUGCAGAUAGAAUGGUAUGAAGAUGCAGAGAAGCUCCACAAAUGGACAAUGGCACAGACUGGGUUUCCCUGGAUUGAUGCAAUUAUGACUCAGCUUCGUCAGGAAGGUUGGAUACACCAUCUUGCUCGCCAUGCAGUGGCCUGCUUCCUGACCCGUGGAGACCUUUGGAUCAGCUGGGAAGAAGGCAUGAAGGUAUUUGAAGAGCUGCUUCUGGACGCAGAUUACAGUAUUAAUGCUGGAAACUGGAUGUGGUUGUCAGCUAGUGCUUUCUUCCAUCAGUACUCACGCAUUUUUUGUCCUAUUCGUUUUGGGAAGCGCACAGAUCCAGAAGGCCAGUAUAUUCGAAAAUACCUUCCAGUGCUAAAGAACUUUCCUUCUACAUAUAUUUAUGAACCUUGGACAGCACCAGAAGCAAUACAAAUAGAGGCAGGCUGUAUUAUAGGUAAAGAUUAUCCCUUUCCUAUGGUAAACCACAAAGAAGUCAGUGAUCGUAACCUACAGCUGAUGAAACGAGUCAGAGAAGAACAGCAUAAAAUUGCUCAGCUCACAAAAGAUGAUGUGGAUGAUCCAAUGGAAAUGGGACUGAAGCGUGAAUAUUCUGAAGAAAAUAUUAAAAAAGAAAAGCAUGCAAGAAAGAGUGAACAUGUGUAAACUGAUAGUCUGAUUCAGUUUAUGUUUAAUUGGUAGUUAGCCCCACUUCGUUCUUUGUGGCAAAUUUUCAAGCAAGUGUUCAUAAAAUUGUAGCCUAAUACAUCUAGGGAGAAGUGAUUUUUGUUAAGCCCAGUAACAACUAUGGAUUUAUUAAACUAAAAGAGUGUGAUGGGCUGAAUUGGGCAUUUAAUUUUGUAUUUCCUUUGUUAUAAAAGUCACUUUAUCCUUUUUCCAUCCCCAAAUUUCUUCUGGAAGCCACAGUUUUUCCUUAAGACAUCUGAUUUUAAAAUACCUUGCAAUGCAGAUGAAUAAUGUAAUUUAUAGUGAAUAUCUGUGUUUGGGGUUGUUUAUUUUACAUAAGUAUGCUGUUUUAUAGAACUUCAUUAUGAAUGUGUUCUGACAGAAGUAACAAACUUUUAUUUAAAAAUUCUCUUUCAAAGAAAGAUGUGGGCUGUUUUUAAUAAAACAUUUUCUUAUUGCCAUAUUAACAGUUGAAUAUAAGCAUUAGCCAUGGACAUCUUUCUGCUAAAUAUGAAAACAGUUCAAUCAUUUUUAGUGGAUUUAUUGGAAAUCUACUCUGGUGUAUUAUAUAAUCCAGACAGUGUACAGUCCAAUAUAGGAAGGGGGAGGGGACUCAAAAGCACAGACACUAUGGAUUUGUUCUGACUCUCAGAAAAUAAUUUCUCUAUAGUAUGGGGAUAUUUAAACAUGGCGAGACAUUAUACUAAAUCUUGAGGGGAAAUUAUUCUAAACCUGAUAUACAAUUUUAGUAAACUAAAAGGUAUGCAGCUAGGAAUUGGUGAAAAAAAGAAGGCAGUUUUAACCAUGGAAUGCUUUAAGGAGUCAUCGAUUUAAGUAGGAGAAUUGUGGAGGGAAAGCCUAACAUUAGGUAGACCAAGUCCACUGUGAAUAAGCUUGAAAACAGUUGUGUGAAAAGGACAAGGAUGAAAAUUAAAUGCUGCCAGCAAAAAGAUCAGUGCAGACUUUGAAAGCAAGAUAUAAACACUUAGGAAAUCAGUGCAAAGAUUUUAUGUGGUGAUUUGACCUAGUCAGUGUUAAACUAUUGAGUUAACUUGUUCUGGAUGGAUUUGGAGAGUAAUUAAUAUAAGUGACAUUCUGUCAGGAUGUAAAUCAAGGAUGGAUUCCACAAAGGGAUAAUCAAUAUGGAAAAUAUAACUUGAUAAUAUCCCAAUUGCUUUCUUCACAUGGCACUUUCUUCAUUCACUUUCAUUAAAAGUUGUUUCAAGUCCUUGCUGCUUUCUGCCAAUAUGAUGGUGUCAUCUGCAAAUCUUAAAUUAUUGAUGUUUCUUCCACCAGUUUUCACUCCUUGUUCAUCAGAAUCUAGUCCAGUUUUUUGUAUAUGUUUUUCGUAUCAUACAGAUUGAACAGAAUAAAAUACACCCUUGUCUGAUA